AUGCUCGAGAACCUGUUUCGGGACAACAAGGAGGCUCGCGCCAUACAGUUGGAAAACGAACUCCGCAACCUUACGAUCGGUGAUCUCGUCGUCCAUGACUAUUGUCAAAAACUGAAGUCCAUCUCUGAUACGCUCGCCAAUGUCGACUCUCUGAUCACUGACCGAGCUUUGGUCAUGCAUCUUCUCAACGGACUUAGUUCCAAAUUUGAUAACAUCAUCAAUGUUAUCAAACAUCGAUCACCCCCCUGUUCUUUUGGCGAGGCUCGAUCUAUGCUCAUCAACGAAGAAGAUAGACUCAAGACCAAGCGACAAACACUUCCCAACAACGAUGACAAUGCUUCGUCUCCUCAGGUCCUUCUUGUUUCCUCUCAACAACAAUAUGAUCAGCCUCGCUCUACACCCUCAAACCAGCAAUUUCAAUACAGUCGAGGUGGAGGUCGCAACAACAGAAGCAACCGCGGUGGAGGUCGUGGAAACAAGGGUCGUGGCGGCAACCCUAAUUACAACAGUGGCACUUGGGGAUCUGGAAAUCAAUCAUGGACCUGGCCUAAUCAGCCUCAAUGGUCCACUCCCCCUCAAUGGCCCAUUUACCCACAAUGGCCUACAUUCCCUCAGUGGCCCAAUUCUCCUCAACCUCCCUCACCCUUCGGUCCAUCUCCUCCACAGGCUCGUUUUCACGCUGGUCCUACACCACCACAACCAACACAAGGGAUUCUCGGUCAUGCACCAUCUCCAACUGGUUCCGCAUAUCUCACGACUACUCACCCAACAGCAGCUUCUCCGUCGAACACCGAUCUCAUUCCCACUACUCUCGCUCACGCCUUCAACACGAUGACCUUCCCGGAUCCUAACGACGCUGGCUGGUAUAUGGACACCGGUGCUACUGCUCAUCUCACAUCCCAACCAGGAUCUUCAUUCCCGAGUGCCUCUCAUCCGAUGUGAUAGCCCAGGUCCCCUAUAUUCUGUCUCCUCACCCUCGUCUCCUACCUCUCACGCAUCCCUCCUCAC